GUUUUGCAUCGUAUUAAAAAACCCACUAAAACCCUACUUCAAAUUUGAGUUAAAAAAACCACGAGAGGUUGUCUAGAGGAGUGAAAAAACGAAAACCAAACUACACCAUGCUUCAAAUCUGGUUCAAAAGCAAAACCCUGAAUUCCAAAUGCAGAUCCAACGGGCAAAGUUCAUAUCUUAUAAUUGCAGCAGAUCUUUCCUUAGUUGAUACGAGUGAUUGAUUUGCUGGGAUGGGAUUUUUUCUGAGUACCCACUUGAUAAAUAGCAAGUUAAUGUAGUGUUUGGUAUAUGAAAUUGCACAGAUUAGGGUUACUCGUCUUCAACCAUGGCUAGAAUCGUUGAAAGACGAACUCAACCUAUUAAAGGCAAAAAAUUGGCGAAGAAAUCUCCCAUUCAUUUGCCUCGUCCUCCGCCCAAGGUGAACAAAAAUAAGAAGAACAAGAGCGGGGGUUCCAAAAAGAGCAGGGUUCCUCGCCUGCCUUUUUCUCUUAAAAAAGAGAUAGACAUUUUUCAUCCCAUAAGCAAUGAUGAAGAAGAUCAGAAUGAUGGAGACAGACUUGAUGGAGAUGAGUAUGAGUAUGAGGAGGAUUCAGCGCAAGAAGAUACCAAAAAAAAUAAAAGAUAUGAUCAAGUAGAUAAUCUUGAGUAUGAGUUGCCCUCAGAUUUUGAGGAUGAGGAAAUCGAUGAAGAUACUGUAUUUGGUCGUGAAGAUCUUGAUCAUUCAGAAGAUGAUCUUGAUGCAAAAGGGAUGAUAAAAGUGGAUCAGAAGGGAAAACAGACAUCGCGUGUGGUUUUCAAUAGUGAUGAGGAAGAUGGAAUGAGUGAAUCUGAGGAACUAAGUGGAGAAGGCAAACUUGGGCUUGAGAGUGAUGAAGAAGAUAAUGAGCAGGAUCAAGUGGUUGCUAGAAGGAAACAGCAGGGAAUUUUAUCAGACGAAGAAGAAGAAGAAAAUGAAGAGGAAGAAGAAGAAGGGCAAGGAGAAGAAGAUGAUGAUGAGAAGCAUCAGAAAAUGCUCCAAGAUGUUACAGGAAGGGCUUUGGAUGCCUUUGAAGGUAUGAAAAGGAAGAAAAAAGUUGUUAUUUCUGAGGCGUAUCCAGAAUCUGAAUAUAACCUGGACCUAAAAGCAUCUCGUCUGACUGAAAGUCUGAGUGUUCAGGACCUGAUGGCCCCUCUUUAUGGGAAUUCAGGCUUUGGAUCACUUAGAAGGAGGAUGCAUCAACUAGAAAAAAAUGCUAUUCCCGUACAGGCACCAUUACCUAAGGUUGUACAGGCAAGAUUGGAAAGAAAAGCAGCUUAUGCAAAUGCAAAAGAAGAAAUUAAGAAGUGGCAGCCACUUGUAAAAAGGAAUAGAGAGGCAUCAAUCGUCAACCUUGCUAAGAAGGUAGAUGUAGGGAAAAGUGGCACAGGGGCUAUAGCUUUUGCUUUCAAGCCAACAACAGAUUUGGAAAAAGAUAUUGCCUCGUUGCUACAGGAUGCAGGUGUGGUUGAAGCUCAGACAAAAGAUGGAGCUGAAUUGCUUGAAUUAAAUAAGGUUACUCUUGAAGAAGUACGGGAACGACAGGGCCGACUUGCAAAAAUGCGGAGCCUUAUGUUUCGCCAUGAGUUGAAAGCAAAACACAUUAAAAAAAUAAAGUCUAAGACAUAUCACCGCCUGUUAAAGAAGGAAAGACGAAAAGCUGGAUUAGGAGACACAUCUAAUGAUCCUGAAGCUGCAAAGGAAUAUGCUAUGAAGCAGGAAUUCAAGCGUGCUGAGGAACGCAUGACGUUGAGGCACAAAAAUACAUCAAAGUGGGCAAAGAGAGCAGUAAAGCGUGGACUACAGAUACAAGAUGAGGGGACUAAAGCUGCCUUAGCUGAGCAACUACGUAUGAACACUCUUUUGACAAGGAAAAUUCAUUCUAUGAAUGAUGAUAGUAGCAGUGAUGAGAGCAGCAGUGAAGAUGACUACAAUGCAGAAAUUCUUCCUGGCUCAGAUGGUAAAUUGAAAUCCCAUAUUAUAGCAAGGGCCAAAGAGGAUACAUUGAAGGUCUUGGAAGGUGAAGAGGAAGACAUUCCAAAAUCAGGGAUUCUUUCUCUACCUUUUAUGGUGCGAGGAAUGGAAAAAAGAAAGAAACAAGCUCAUGAUGAAGCAGUUACUGCUCUAGAGGAAUAUGAAUCUGCCUUGAGAGCUGAGAACACUGAUGCUGGCAAUGGAGAAGUUAAUGAUUCUCAAAAGGGGAGACUUGUAUUUGGGGACUUGACUAGACAGAAUAGCAACAAGAAAAAUCCUAAAGAAUCAAAAAUUGAAAUUGAAGAUAUGCUAGUGGAUAAAGGUGAUGGAAGUGAAGAUGAUUCUGAGAACGACAUGGUACAAGAUUCAAUGCACAACCACAAUAACACUAGCUUCACAAAUCAAGUGGAAACUGACCAUAAGUUAUUACCCGAGGGACUCAACUUAGAUUUCUAUGGUCUACAUGGAAUGGAAGGUUCAGUGGCUCCAACAAUGACAAAAACAGCAGGACCUGUUUAUGUUGGCAGUUCCAAUAAGCAAGAUGUAUGUGUAAACAAAAAUGUUUUGUUUGAUUCUCAUUCUAACAAAUUGAAUAGAGAAUCUACAGAAAAAAUGUUUAUUUCCAAGGCAAAGAAAAGUACACAAUCAGAAGUUCCAAACAGUAACAAAUGGCUCUUUGGUGAGUGUGGAGCUAAAAUGAGUGAAAAACUGCCAGCUGAAAUAGAUGUGGGAGCAGCAAAAAAUCACAAGAAGCAACAAAGAAAAAGCAAACAAGAAAAUGAAGGUAAAAUUGUACCCAAUGUGCAAGAGAGGAAUGGGACGAUCAGUCAUGCAGUUUCAAUUGCAGGUGGUGCAAAGGUGAAUUUUGGUAAGAUUAGUAAAAUAAAUGUCAAAGAAAUUUCAGAUCCAGGAAUUUCCAGUAAUGAAAUCUCUAGUAAUCAUCGACAGAGUCCUGAUAAAAUUGAUUCUAGCUGUGGUAGUGAAGAGGAACCAGAAAGAAAAGCAAUGCCCGAGGGAAUGGUUCCUAUUGAUGGUGUUGGAUCACAAGCAGAUCUUAUUCAGCGUGCCUUUGCAGCAGAUGAUGUAGAAGCAGAAUUUGAACAGGCAAAGGCUGAGGCAGUGAAUGAAGAGGUUCCAACGUCUGAAAUUGUUGAUUCUCUCCCUGGCUGGGGUCAGUGGACUCACAUUCAGCAGAAAAAAGGGUUGCCAUCUUGGAUCUUGCAGCAACAAGAAGAAGAGAAAAGGAAAAGGGAAGAGGCAUUGAGAAAAAGGAAGGAUGCAAAACUCAAAUUUGUUGUCAUUUCUGAGAAAUUGGACAAAAAGGCAGCAAAAUACAGUGCCCCAUCGCUUCCUUUUCCCUAUCAGUCCAAAGAAGUUUUUGAACGGAGCAUGCGGAUGCCUAUAGGUCCAGAGUUCAACACUAUCCAUGCCUUCCAAAAUAUGAUACGACCUACAGUUAUUAAGAAAGCUGGAGUAGUUAUUGAUCCUAUUAAAUAUGAAAAAGAGCAGCAGCCAAAAGAUGAAAUUCUUCAUUCUGCUAUGAGUUCAAGAAAGCGAAAAAGUUCUAAUAAGAGUACUGAUCAAAAUUCUAACAAAAAUAAAAAAGGGUUUAGUAAGGAUCAACAUCAAACUUCAAAGAAGUUGCCAAACAGGUUUUAGUAAGGAUCAAGAUUAUGCUCUUAAAAAUGUGAUAUCAAUAUGGCACCAAAAAAUGUGGCACAAAUUUUACGUUCUUAUAAGGUGAGUUUUAAAACUAAUGGACAAAGGGAAUACACAGUCAUCAUUCUAUCCAUAACUGCUUUUGUUUGAGGCUAAACUGAAAUUCUAUAUAGGAACACCAAACUGGAAGGGAUCAUAUCCUUUGUUCUAUCCUCUUGUGGUCAUGGUCUUAUUGUAGCUUGCAUUCUCAAGUUUUACAGCUGUUGUUGGUAAUUUAAAAUUCUAAGUGUGGCAACGAUCUAUCUUUUUAGGACACUUCAAUAUAUGCCAAGAACAGAGCAAGGUCUGACAGGUGAAAUAUUAUUUGUUAAACUGAAUUGCUAAUAUAUGAAUGCUAUUUUCUUGAAUGGAAA